AUGGACAACAACUCCCAAGAUGAAGAAAAGCCACAAGUUCACGACGAGCAUGCUGACGACUCGCCUAGAGAUUCAAAAGGAGAGGGCGGAGGUCAUCAUGGGCUCGCUGCCGUGAGUGCAAAGCUGAGGAAUCCUCUUUAUGCCAUUUCAAAGGAGGAUCUUCUAAGAGAUGUAGAAGAGUUCGCUAAAGAAAAGGGACUUGAGGAUCUUAUCGACAUGCUGAAGAAGGGGGCUCUGGUGGCUCAAGACCCUAAGCGCGUGCAUGAGAUACAAGAACUUAAUGAGGAAGAGCGAAAUUGGUUUCGGCUAGAGAAGACUCAUCGAUGGAAGCAAACUUGGAUGAUGUACUUUAUGACCAUUUUGUGCGCUGGCUCAGCGAUAGUGCAAGGCAUGGAUCAAACAGCAGUGAACGGUGCUCAGAUUUUCUAUUUCGAAGAAUUCGGCAUUGGCGAGGACCAAGUAUGGCUACAAGGACUUUUGAACGGAGCACCCUAUCUUUGCUCUGCGCUCAUCGGAUGCUGGACCACUAAGCCGUUGAACUAUUACUUUGGUCGUCGAGGCUGUAUCUGGAUCUCUUGCUUCUUUGCCUUUGUUACCGGUAUCUGGCAGGCCGCUGCGGAUUCCUGGUACAAUCUCCUCAUUGCUCGAUUCGGUCUGGGACUAGCAGUCGGAGCAAAGAGCAGCACGACCCCAGUAUACGCCGCAGAAUGUGCUCCAACAGCAAUCAGAGGUGCUCUCACAAUGAUGUGGCAGAUGUGGACUGCAUUCGGCAUCAUGCUGGGAUUCGUCGUCUCGGUAGCUUUCCAAAAUGUGCGAUACAACGCUGCGAAUCCUCAGCCACCGUUUUGGAAUUGGCGCCUGAUGCUGGGAAGUACCUCGAUCCCGCCAUUAUUGGUUUGCAUGAUGGUCUAUCUCGUACCUGAGUCUCCAAGAUGGUACAUGACGAAAAACAAAUAUCGCAAAGCAUAUGAAGCUCUGGCACGAUUCCGAAACUGUGAGCUCAUGGCGGCAAGAGAUCUGUACUAUAUCCACAAGAGCUUGGAGAUUGAAGACAAGCUGCGGGAAGGUAAAAAUCUCUGGAAAGAGUUCUUCGGAGUUCCUCGGAAUAGGCGUGCAGCACAAUCAUCCUUCUUCGUCAUGUUUAUGCAGCAGUUCUGUGGUGUCAAUGUGAUUGCGUAUUACUCCACGCAGAUCUUCAUCGAGGCCGACUUCUCAAGGUCAAACGCCCUUCUCGUUUCGCUUGGUACCGGGAUCAAUUGGCUGUUCGCGAUCCCGGCCAUCUACACUAUUGACACGUUUGGACGUCGAAACUUAUUGCUUACAACAUUCCCCUUGAUGGGCUUGAUGCUCCUCUUCACAGGUUUCAGCUUCUAUAUCCCUGCCGAGACGGCUCGCACAGCAUGUGUAGCUCUUGGGAUCUACCUCUUCAUGGUAGUGUACUCGCCUGGAGAAGGACCUGUCCCAUUCACGUACUCCGCAGAGGCCUUUCCCUUGUAUGUCCGCGAAUAUGGAAUGGCAUUCGCAACUGCAACAACUUGGGGGUUCAACUUCAUACUGUCCCUGAGCUGGCCAGCGCUCGUCGAUGCGUUCACCCCACAAGGCGCAUUCGGCUGGUAUGCCGCUUGGAACUUCAUAGGAUGGGGCUAUGCGUAUUUCUGUCUUCAGGAAACCAAGGCGCUCAGCCUGGAAGAAUUGGACACCGUAUUCUCGGUGAGGGUGCGAGACCAUGCGAGGUAUUAUUACGACAUGCUUCCGUGGUACUUGAACAAGUACAUCUUGAGGGGUGACGUGAAACCGAGGAAACCAUUGUACGACCUAGAAUAGAUUUGAGCCUAGAGCUGAUGAUUGUUGAGAUGAUCCGGGAGAUUGAUCAGAAUUACCGGGGG